UGUGACGCUUUGCGCAUGCGCCCUGGCUUACCAGCAACAUCAGGAGGAAAGACGAGGAUGGCGGAGGAUGGGAGGGAAGAGUCUGUGGCCGCUGACGAGGACUCAGAGCACACAGCUGUAGACGGGAGCAGCAGCUUCACCAACGCGAUGGUGGAGGAGGGCUCCUCUCUCCUGCGCAGAAUGGAGAUCUGUGUUGCUGAGGCUGAGAAAAGGAGCGGCAAAAAUGCGGUGAACAUGCAGGAGACGUUCAGCGUGUACCUCAUCGAGACACGGCCAAUGGAUGCAGUCGCUGAAGGUCGUAACCCAGCACCGGACUCUCUGUGGAGGAGAUACAGUGAAUUUGAACUGCUGCGGAACUACCUAAUAGUUACCUAUCCUUACACCGUGGUCCCCCCUCUGCCUGAAAAGCGGGCAGAGUUUGUGUGGCACAAGCUGUCGGCAGACAACAUGGACCCAGACUUUGUGGAGCGCCGCAGGGUCGGGCUGGAGAACUUUCUGCUUCGUGUGGCAUCACAUCCAGUCCUCUCAAAUGACAAGAUCCUCUACCACUUUCUCACCGAGGAACAUGGCUGGAAGGAAGUGGUAUAUGAGACAGGAUUUCAGGCAAAGGCAGAUUCCAGGCUGAGAGCGCUCAGUGCCACCUUCAGGGUGAGAAAUCCAGAUAAACGCUUCAUGGAAAUGAAACACUACAGCGAUGAGCUGCAGUCUUACACAUCGCAGCUGCUCCGAGCACGAGCAAGGGUUGCAGAUCGACUCUACGGUGUUUACAAGGUCCAUGGAAACUAUGGGAGAGUCUUCAGUGAGUGGAGCGCCAUAGAGAAAGAGAUGGGAGAUGGACUGCAAAGUGCAGGUCAUCAUAUGGAUGCAUAUGCUGCCUCAAUAGAUGAUAUCUUAGAAGAAGAGGAACAUUAUGCAGACCAAAUAAAAGAAUAUCUCUCCUAUGCUGAAGCUCUGAGGGCAGUCUGCAGGAAACAUGAGCUCACCCAGUUUGAGCUUGAGAUGGCCUCGCAGGACCUCAUCUCUAAGAAGCAGCAGCGUGAAGAACUGGCCACAGGGAUUGUGCGGACCUUCUCCUUCAAAGGCAUGACCAACAAGCUUUUUGGCCAGGAGGCACCUGAGCAGAGGGAGGCCAGACUGAAGCUGCUGGAGGAGCUGAUAGCAGAGGGUGAAGAGACUGUCAAGGAGAAAACGGUGGAAUGCGAAGAACACGUCGAGAGGGCGUGGGUGGACAUGCAGCGCUUUAAGGAGCAGAAAGACAAAGAUCUGCGGGAGGCGCUCAUCAACUAUGCUGUCAUGCAGAUCAGCAUGUGCAAAAAGGGAAUACAAGUGUGGAGCAAUGCCAAAGAAUGUUUCCUGAAGAUGUGAAGUUGAAGCCAUACUCAAAAGACUUCCACUCUCUGAUGCUCAGCUGUGGAUGCUGGGUAAUGAUGGCAGAGUCAUUGUGUAUAAAGAUAAUGUAAUUUCAAGUAUUUACACAAAAUGUGUGCAUAUGCAACUCAUUUUCAUGAGUGAACUGUUGAGCUUUAGCGGAGUGUUGGAUCUCUCAAGCACAUGGACACCAGAGACUUGACUUUUUAAACAUUUAACCAAGACUAUUUUCUGCAACCUUAAAGAACCACUUCACCUGUUUUACCUGUCAGUCAUUUAACUAGUCAUGUGAUUAGUAACUUGACUGAGACUGGUGCGUAUAGAGUUUGAAAGACAUGGGCAUUAACCAGGCAGGGAAAGACACUAUCAAGUCUAGGAUCCAGGAUUUUUGAUACAUGGGACUAAAAGUCUGUUAUUUCACUGCUGCAUUGAUCCACAACUGGUGCUGUUUGUUGACUGUAAGACAGCAGAGCAGACAGGAUUUUAGAUGUCUGAUUUUAGCAUAAUUUCAAACACUAGAUUAACUAUAAUCUGCUUUUAAGGAUGCAAUCUUCCGUUACAUGAUUUUACAAGAUCAGUUUGUAACCACGGCAACAGGUAUACAGAAAAUGGUUUCACAAAGAUAAACCUGUCUUAGAUCAAACUAAUAUUCAGACUUCAGAUGGAUGGCUAAAUUCAGCCACUGCACAAAGCUUUAGUUCUUGACUAGAUACGAAUGACUUUUUUAAACUGCUGUGUGAGACCACUGCUUUCACUUUGUCUUUUGUUUGUAGCUGAUCUGUCCUCACCGGUUACUGUGCUCUUUAAAACUCUUACCUGUCUCGUUUCUUGCUCCACAACAUUGUCCAAAAAACACAACUUAUGAGCCAUAUUUUCUUCUUUUUUGUCAUUUGGUGCCGCUGGUCAGCAGGUAUCCCUGAUUGUUACUAUGGUAACAUGCUCCUUGGUACAGCAUUUGCCUGGGUGGCUUUUAUGCGAGACAUUAGAUUCAUAUGAUUUUUGAGUGUUUCUUUGAAGUAAAAGUCAAUUUACUGACUGAAAUCCUUUGGGAAAUAUGAUGAUGGUGAGCUGAUGCCCUCUCCUAAACAGCCUGCUCAUGGCCUCUCAGUCCUAAACAAGCUCUGAGGACUCAAACAUCCUGUCUUCACUUUCUUCUGAGCACAAACAAACCAUGCCAGGACUCAACGGUGACAAAGGAAGUAAAGUGACCAUGGCCCCGUUUAAUAAUGACCUGAACCCUGCAGGUCUGAUAACCCGGCCAGGGCUCAGGGAGGACGCCAGUACAAGUUAAGUGACAGUGUGCCAGUUAAUGACCAUCACUAAUCCAUUAUUAAGAGGAUCUGGUCUUCAUCAGUAAUCCACAUUGGGAACAAGCACCAAAAGAAGCAAACGUCCAUGACUUGAUGUAACAUGUUUAAUUAGUGUUAAAGGAAGAAUGGGAAGUUUCAUUUCAACAUGCUUGUUUUCGUGCAGGAACUGAAGUAACUAGUAGUGGGGGUCUGGUCUGGGCUGGGUACCCCCCACCCCUGAGAGUUGCAUUUCUGUUGAGACCGAGCGAUAGAAGAUGUUUUACACUGAAAUGUCUUAAAACUGAAAUGGAUUGAUUUUAUUUUAUGUUCUGAUGGUCUGUUAUAAAUGUAUGUAUGCAUAUAUGGGGACAUAUGUAUGUUUUUUUUAUUUAAAUUUAAUUAAAAACUGGAUUAACAGUCUACUACUUUGGUUACGAAUUCAGCCAAGCAAGCUAAUGUGUGUAUGGUGUCUUGGCUGUUAGAGACACUCUAAAUUUGAACUACAUGUUAGUGGUGGAGAAUGUUUAUUAAACCGCUGCUGCUUUAAUACAACAAAUUGGCACAUUAAGCAGACAUACGUAGGCCUUUUACUACAUGUCUUAUUUAAACUGUACCAUUUCCUGCUUGCCAGCAUUAAGCUUUGGGAGUGUGUUUGAGGUUUUCAUAAUUCCAUUUGUCCAUAUUUAUAAUUCAAAUUUAAAUGCUCAAUUCUAUUUAUUUGAAUAAAUAUGUGACACAUCA